GGAAGGACAAGCAUUCUGGCAAGUCUAUGCAAACAGAGAUAUGGGGCUGACCAACAAGCUACGCUCUUGCUGUAAACAACCUCAGAGUUUUCACUUUUCUUACUGCUCAGGUACACCAAAGAACGCAGAAUAAAAAGCACUCUUUAGAUGUAGGCAGUGUCCCGAAACACUGGGGUGAGGUCCUGUUAAAGAUCCUGUCUGCUAAUGAGGAGAAUCUUAAUGUCGGCAAUAUGGGGCAUCAGGUGAUAAUAUUCGACUUUUCUACUGUAAGAGGAUUGUGGGAGAUUCGGGUUAAGAAGCACAAGGAACGUCAAAAAAAGGAAAAGGAAAGAAUAGCCAAAAGCGCAUUAGAGAAGAUAAGGCAAGAAUGGGACGUUAUGCUAGAAUGCAGAAGAAAAGGCAUUCCACAAGCUGCAUAUCUGAAUAACGGUUUUAUAGAUGCUAACAGAAUUUUGGAUAAGCUUGAAAAGAACUCACCACUUGCGACAAAGAUUGCCUUGUUGAAUGAGACAGAGAAAAAAAGAAACAAGUUUGUUUUUCAACUAUCAGGGGAACAGUGGACAGAAUUCCCAGAUUCCCUGAAAGAGCAAACACAUCUACAAGAAUGGCAUAUAAACAAUACUAUGAUCUCAACCAUUCCAGCCUACAUUGCCUUAUUUCAGGAACUGAGAAUACUAGAGUUAUCCAGUAACCAGAUCACAGAUCUUCCAGCUGAAAUUGGUUCUUUAAAAAAACUGAAAGAGCUGAAUGUGAGUUUCAAUCGCUUGAAGAGUAUUCCCCCAGAACUAGGAGAUUGUGAGAAUCUGGAAAAACUGGAUUUGUCUGGAAAUCUAGAACUAAUGGAGCUCCCAUUUGAACUAAGUAACUUGAAACAAGUGACAUUCGUAGAUGUAUCAGCAAACAAAUUUGUCUCAAUUCCAAUAUGUGUGCUCCGGAUGUCAAGUUUGCAGUGGCUGGAUUUGAGCAGCAAUAACCUCAGAGAUCUCCCACAAGACAUAGACAGGCUAGAAGAAUUACAAACUCUUCUCCUGCAGAAAAACAAGCUGACUUAUCUUCCACACGCUUUACUCAACCUGUCAAAACUCAGUUUACUGGUUGUGAGUGGUGAUAGUUUGACUCAGAUGCCCACAGCUAUCUGUGACUCAAGCAGAGGUAUAAAAUUUAUAAGCCUCAAGGAUAAACCUCUUGAAACAACCUCAUUUCAAGAGAUUGAAGAAAUAACAGAAAGUGACCGUGAUCGUGAGCUGUUUGAAAAGGAAUUUAUGAAAGCCUACAUUACAGACCUAAAAGAAAGAGAGACUGUUCCUUGCUAUACAACAAAAGUAUCACUUUCUGUCCAGAUAUAAGACUGGAAUUCAUACAUUGCUGGAGAUUCUGAAAAAUUCAUUUUGACAAAACAAACAGGAAAACAUCAUUGCAAUGUGAAAAAAGCACCUAAAUACGAAAUGAAGAAAAGCUCUCCAUCACUAUGCUGUGCAUAAUGCAUAACAAUAGUUUGCAAUAACCUGAAUGUUAUGUGGUGAAUGCAAUCUUCAUGUGAACCAUGGCUGCUUUUACCUCAACAAAUGGUUUCUUGGAUGAAAGUAGUAGAAGAGUUUAAGCAUGUGAUUUACUUCAAUUUCUGUAGACCAAACAGUAGGGAUUAUUGAAAUUCUUAAUGGUCAUGUUAUUGUGCUACUCCAGAGCUAUUGUGCACAAUUCAGGGAUGUGCAAUCCAUUAAAAAUGGUUAAAAAGUCAUAACAAAACUGGGAAGUGCCGGCAUUUCAUUUCUAAAGUGUUUCUAAAGUAUAGUUAAUGAAAAAUUUGUUACUAUAAUGAGAGUAAUGAAAUUUUGUUACUAUUUUGUUACAGUAAUUGUGUAUAAAUUACUAUAAUUGGGGAAACUUCAGGAGCUCCUUUCUCCCUCAUUUUAAAAGCUAUUGGUGUGAAACUUGCUACAACUGUUAGCCUACCAAAUUUUAGAAUGCUUCACUCAUCCACAGAGUUUUGGAGAAUUUUCAAAGUUUUGAAUUUGAAUUUUCUAUACUAUGGCAGGAGAUAACAGGGGGUCAUUUCCCCAAAUUUUAGAAAUAUUCAUACAUCUACUGAUUUUAGGGAUUUAAAAAAAAGUUUUGACAAACUUUUUUUAAAGUCAUAAUAAGAACUAUCUUAUUAAAUGUCUGUCAUAUUAACCAAUAGAAACCAAUAUUAACCAAUUCUACACUUUCAGAGAAUCCUAGAGUUGGAGGAGACCCCCAAGAGCCAUUAGUCCACCCCUUUUUUCAGGCAGAAGGGCACUAUCAAAACUCUAGUGACAGAUGGCCAUUCAGCCAAACUAAUUAAUAUGCUUCCCCUAUAGUAUGGGCACCAUCCAUUUAGGGAUUUCUUCCCAGCCCAGCACAGAGAUCUAUUUACUAGAAGUAUCCAUCAGUCCUCCUCUUUGGAGAUUCACUAUUCAUUGGAAUUUUUGCUGGCUGCUCUUAGGGAGGGACAAAUCUGAUCAGUGCUUUCUGAUGCUGAUGAAUUCUGGGAAAUGUAGUUUAGGGCAGGGCUUUUUGUAUUAACUGGCAUAGAGUUCUGCCCUUCCCAACCUACAUUUCCCUAGAGUUUUGUGCUGUUUCCAGCAAACAUUGCUCCCUCUUCCUUCCACUCCAAAUGCUGAGACUUCAUUAAUUUAGAGAAAAGGCAAGGCACUAAGGCAACCUUUUUGGCUUUGCAUUGCUUCCUUGCACUAAAAAGGAAACUGACUUUGGGAACUUUCAAAGAUUUACAAAACUAAAAUAAAAAAGUAUGGGGUAAGUUUUGAUUCAUAAAUUUUUGGUGUGGGCCACGCCUAGAGUUUGGAUAUUGCCUCAUAAGUACAAAAUUUAAUGAAUUUGAUCCAAAUUAUGAGGCAACCAAAUUGGUGGCUUCCAAGUGCAGUUUUGUUACAUAAAAAAGAUUGCAUGAAAUAGACUGUACAAGUGGUUCACACUAUGUCUUGCACAACUAUUCUUAGAAUAGCAUAAUUCAGGCACAAUUCCAUCAACAGGUAUUUACUCUGCUAGUAUGACAUGAAUGUUGGAUAUAGGCUCACUUUCUGUAUGAGCUAUUGGUGUACAUGGCCAGGAUUCUUUCAGUGACAUAGGCACCAUGGAUGAUGACAAACGUCCCAUUUUUGAACUGAAUAUCUGUGGGGCUACUGUUGGGGAAAAGAUUCUGUUCUGCACAGUCUUUUUUUCAAUCCAAUAAAUAACUUACGUUGA